AGUGUAUGAGUGCGCGGCGGGUGUCCAUGUGUGCGUGUGUGUACGAGGAGAAGUGGAAAGUGUGUGAUGUGCAGUCGCUCUCCGGGCGACCAAAAAAAUCAUUCAACUGUAGUUUUUAAUGAACGGCUGAGCCAGCGAGCAGGAAACGCGAUCGCUCCACCCCCCCCGCCAAUCUCAGUCAGUCUAAAGUAUCUGUUGUUGUUUUUAUCAAGGAGAGGCGCCGGAACCGAAAAAAAGAAACCAACACCCACAAAGGCAACCAAGUCGCGUCAUCAGUGGAAGUGGAGAGGCAACACAACACAAUAACAGCAGUAGAGCAGCAGCAGCAGCAGUAGCAGUGGUUUUCCAGCUCCAGUCAGAGUCCUUAAAACAUGGACAGUAAGGGUCGCAAUGUCAUCGUCUGUGAUAACGGCACUGGGUUCGUCAAGUGCGGAUAUGCCGGCAGCAAUUUCCCAACCUUCAUUUUCCCCUCGAUGGUGGGACGACCCAUGAUCCGGGCGGUGAACAAAAUCGGCGACAUCGAAGUGAAGGAUUUACAUGUCGAUGAUCUAAUGGUCGGCGACGAGGCAUCGCAGUUGCGGUCUCUGCUGGAGGUCUCCUAUCCGAUGGAGAACGGCGUGGUGCGCAACUGGGACGACAUGUGCCACGUGUGGGACUACACGUUCGGCCCAAAGAAAAUGGACAUCGAUCCCAAGAACACAAAGAUCCUGCUGACAGAGCCACCCAUGAAUCCCACAAAGAACCGCGAGAAAAUGAUCGAGGUGAUGUUCGAGAAGUACGGCUUCGAUUCCACAUACAUUGCCAUCCAGGCUGUGCUGACGCUAUAUGCCCAGGGUCUGAUAUCGGGCGUGGUGAUCGAUUCGGGCGAUGGUGUAACGCAUAUAUGUCCUGUCUACGAGGAGUUUGCCUUGCCCCAUCUGACGCGGAGACUGGACAUCGCUGGCCGGGACAUCACCCGCUACUUGAUAAAGUUACUGCUACUGCGUGGCUAUGCUUUCAAUCAUUCCGCUGACUUCGAAACGGUGCGCAUCAUGAAGGAGAAGCUCUGCUACAUCGGCUACGACAUCGAGAUGGAGCAGCGGUUGGCCCUGGAGACGACGGUGCUGGUGGAGUCCUACACACUGCCCGAUGGACGGGUAAUCAAGGUGGGCGGUGAACGAUUCGAGGCGCCCGAGGCCCUCUUCCAGCCGCAUUUAAUCAACGUCGAGGGCCCCGGCAUCGCGGAACUGGCCUUCAACACAAUCCAGGCGGCAGACAUCGACAUUCGGCCCGAGCUCUACAAGCACAUAGUCCUCUCCGGCGGCUCCACCAUGUAUCCGGGUCUGCCCAGCCGGCUGGAAAGGGAGAUCAAACAGCUCUACUUGGAGCGGGUACUCAAGAACGAUACGGAAAAGCUGGCGAAAUUCAAAAUACGUAUUGAGGAUCCGCCGCGGCGCAAGGACAUGGUCUUCAUCGGCGGCGCUGUGCUGGCGGAGGUGACGAAGGACCGCGACGGCUUCUGGAUGUCACAGCAGGAGUACCAGGAGCAGGGCCUCAAGGUGCUGCAGAAGCUGCAGAAGAUCAGUCACUAGAAGCGGCGAGGAUGAGGAGAAGGAGAACGUGGAGGAGGAGGAGGAGACUGGUGAGAAGGAGUGCGAGGACUACUGCGAAAAAGUGGAGUCGAUUGGGCCCCCGAGAAAUAGGAUGAUCAAUUGUAUAAUUUUGUUUUGGCUAGUUUGUAUAAGUUGAAAAUCUUCAGUUUUGCGUGAUGUAUCUGUCUAAAUGUGUGUGUUUUUUUUUGUUGUGUGUGUAUGCCAGCGUUAGUGGGCGUGUCUGUUGAACAGGAUUUAUUUGGCCCACUGUCGUUAGAGCUCCGUACAUCGCAGACAUGCCGAAACUAGAAGCUGCUCGUUGAUUCCACCCCCGUACAAUAAAUUGUAAUAUUUCUUUGCUGCUGCGAGAUCAGCGCUAAAAGUAUGUAACUCGGUUCGAUCGACUAAAUUAACUUUUGUGUAACUCGGCAUUAGUAUGGUUAUUUGAUAAUGAUUAAGCCUAAUCCCCCCUUGUUUUGCUAAAUAUACAUAUACAUAUAUAUUUAUAUAUAUAUAUUAAUUUCCUGCGCCUGGAGUGUAUCGAUAUUUUUGUAGACGCAAAAUGUUUCAUUUCGAGCGAGUAUUUCACAUUAAGUAUUAACUAGGCCAAGUCUGCAAGUGGCAGCGAUUGAAAAUCGUGAAAGAGAAAGAAAGGAGGAAAGAAGGAGAGGAAUAGGGCAAGAAGAAAGCUGCACGGCACAGAAGGAGAAAGAGCGAUGGGCGGUGGGAUGGAUGGUCGUCCUGCUGCCAUCGCCAACUAAAUACACUGAUUAACCGGUUAGCCUUUCCCCACCUUGAUUUAAUUUAAGCAUUUCUGGCCUAUCUCCAAUCUCCGAUCCAGCUAGAUAAAGAUACGCCAGCACGUCUGCCACAAGUUCAUGCAUUUAAUAAGUUGCCCGAUAAUCGAAAACAAUAAUAAUACAACCAGCUGAAAGUGUUUAUUUUGACUUAAUUCCCCUGCCUGCCUUUUAUAGUUAGUUGCAAUUCGAUGAUUGUUGGGGCAAAGCGGACGGGACGCUACACAUGCGAAACUAUCGGCAUAUGUAUAACAUAUAUAUGAUCCAUUUAUAUAUAUUUAUAUGUAUAAUGAGUGUGGAAUGCCAAUUAUAUAAGUAAAUGCAAUAAACAUAAUUAUGUAUGUAUGAUGUAUACUGUAGUCUAAAGCUAAAUCGUAUCGUAUAUGACUUGGUUUUUUUUUACCAACUAAAAACGAAACAAGAAUCACAAUAAAAACAAACGAAAACAAUCCAA